GCGAGCCAAUCACGUCGCGUUCUUAUUUCAAACACAACAUUCGAAUUUGGAAUAAAAUUUUAAAUACUUCAUCAAACAAUAAUAGUGAUGUGCUUAAAUUAGACUUAAUCAAAAAUAAUAUCGAUAGAAAAGAAAAUAAAUAAAAUGGAUCCAGAGAAAAAUAAAGUAAAAGAGGUGUCAGUGGACGAUAUUCUACAAAUACUGGGACCGUUUGGAAAGUUCAACGUUUGGAAUUAUUUACUUAUUUUGUUUCCCGUGUUAUUGGCGGGGAUGUAUUCGUCUGUGUAUAAUUUCGAAGCGAUGGAUCUUAGAUACAGGUGUGCAGUACCAGAAUGCCAAGACCAAGAGGCGAACUUCACAGCGCCUUAUCUCGCGGACGGCACGCUCGCGAAGUGCGUGCGAUUCGCGCCUUUUACUAACUCCACGGAGCACGUCGCCAACGACACGUGCUCGCCGCACUACUUCGACACGUCCACGGAGGUCAAGUGCGACUCCUAUAUUUACUUCGAGGAACAUUCCAUUGUCAAAGAGUUUAACCUCGGCUGUCAAGAUUGGAAGAGAUCCCUGGUGGGUACCAUCCACAAUGCCGGCUUCUUCAUCUCCAUACCACUGACUGGUCUCAUCUCCGACAAGUAUGGAAGACGCUUGGCACUGGUCUUCGCGAGCGUUGCAAAUGGCGUGUUCGGAGUAAUUCGAGCGUUCUCUCUGAAUUACGAAAUGUUUAUCGUGCUUGAGUUUCUGGAGCCUGCUUUGGGUGGUGGAGUUUAUACUGCUUGUUUCGUUUUGGCGUUGGAGCUUGUUGGUCCAAAAGGCAGAGUGUUCAUCAGUCUACUAUUCAACACAAUGUUCAUACUCGGCGGAGUGACUGUCACGCUUCUGUCUUGGUGGCUGCAGAGUUGGAGAUAUCUCCUAUUAAUCAUCUAUACACCAGCAAUAUUAGUGUUCUUCUAUUUGUGGUCGCUCACCGAAAGUUUCCGAUGGUUAUUCAGCAAAGGACGGUACGAAGAAGGUAUAAACGUUCUAUCUAAAUGUGAGAAGAUUAACAAUGUCACAGUCCCCAAAGACCAUUACGCCCAAGUGGAGAAAGAAGCAAUGAAACAGAGAGACGCGAGGAAACGCGAAGUUGUUGCAACUAACCGUUCCACUUUCAAACAGCUUCUAAUGUCUCCGAUGAUUUGGAAAAGAUUGUUCACUUGUUCUUUCCUCUGGACAACGUCUACUUUGGUUUACUACGGUUUAUCCAUCAAUGCUAUAGAACUAUCUGGGAAUAGUUAUUUGAAUUACAUCGUGGUUCUUGUGAUUGAAGCUCCAGCCAAUGUCUGCAAGUUGGUUUGCCUGGACAGGUUCGGAAGGAAGAGGGUUAUAGCGAUUGCAUAUUUGUUGACUGGUGCUAUACUUAUCAACUAUGGAUUUAUACCAGGUGGAAACUGGUCAACAGCCUUCUAUCUGGGCGGGAAAUUCUUCAUCACCCUCGCAUACAACUCUCUGUACAUUUUCGCGGCGGAGGUUUUCCCCACCAAUUACAGGACGACAUUGUUAGCGAUUUGUUCCACUGUGGGACGAAUAGGCUCGGCCGUCGCCCCGCAGACACCAUUAUUGUCAAAGUUCUACGAAUUCCUACCAACUUUACUGUUUGGUGUAAUGUCAGCGAUGUCCGGAUUCCUUGUACUCACUCUACCGGAGACUAACAAUCAAAAACUUCCAGACUCUCUAAAAGAUGCUCAGGAUCAAGACAGGAAGAGACAAACAGACGAGAGUCAAAGAGAAGGAGAUUUUGAUGAAAUAAAAAGAGACCAUAGAGACGGUGAAAAGAGGACUAGUUUAUGAAUGAAUCGAAAGAUUUGCUUUGUUUCAUUGUGUGAGAGAAUUGGUGAAUUUAAAGACUGAAUUAAUAAAGUUAUAGGGCAGUGCGUUUUCAAUAUUAUCUUCAAUACUCGGUUGCUACUUAUAUUAUAGCAUGCAAUGACAUUUACUAGAGAUAGGGCACUGCCAAUGAUAAUUUUAUACUAUAGAUGGGUUACGUCCUUACAAAAUCACCGCAAAAAGUGAUCCGAAUACAAAACUGAGGGCACACAAGCACAAUUUUGCCUUUAAUUCCAUUAUAUAUUUAUGUAUAUAUAGUUUAUACACUUCCUGAACACACAACUCGUCAUUGUAGACGAUAUUUAGGUAUUAUUUGUUUAAAUAACGUUCGUUGUUGACCACAACUAACAUUGAGUUGACUGCAAAUUUCCUCUUUUGAGCGCCUCAUUUUUCAUGCGUUAGUAAUACAUCUAACAGUAUUUUAUAUCAUAGGGCACUAACACAUCGAAACUGAGGCGGACUGUGCAUAAUUGUCCUAAUUUCAUUUAGUCGCUUAUUAAACAACGAAAGUUAUUUUAACACAUAAUACCUAAAUAUUGUCUACAAUGUCGAGUUGUGUGUUUAGGAAGUGUAAAAACUAUAAACACAUAAAUAUAUAAUGUAAGUAAACACAAAACUGUACAUGUUUGCACUCACUAAAUUCGGGUCACUUUUUGCGGUAAUUUUGUAGGCACGUAACAUUUUUGUAGGCACGUAACAUAUCUAUGGUAUAAAAUAAUCAUUGUCAGCAUAUUUUAAAAAAGUUGAAGCCAUAAAUACAUAUGGGUCGAAUGUGGAAUAUUCCUUUUACAGUCAAUUGAAUAUUACAUUCAGCCCUAAGAGUCACAAAUAGGUACUCUAAAUACGAGUACUAAUAAUACCUACUAUAAUUAAUUCAGAGAGUUUAUCUAUGGUUUAAUUUUAUAGUUAUUGUACGAUUGAUAUCCAAAUAUGUGUACCUAAUACACUGAUUAAAGAAUAAUAGGCAGAUAGAGCGAACGGAACACGGCAGUCAUUCUAAAUAUAAAUUCAAAAACUAAUACAUUCUCGAGUCUGUACAACACAAAGCAUCAGUAAUUUUCAAUAUUAUUCAAGAAAAAUGGCGUCUUAUGUUUUUUAAUAUUUAAAAAAAAAAUCACAAAAACAAAAAAAAUUAAGUUGGAAUUACUAUUAUUUUAUGGAUAAGGUAUACUGUAUUUUGAUUAUUUAUUGGUCUAUUAGGAUAUCAAUUUACGUAAUUAUCUUAGGUGUUGUCUUGAAAUACAAAUUAUGAAAAGGUUUGUUUAUGCGGAUUAUAAAUACGGGGGCGCGUGACAUUUUUUUUUUUUGGGUUUCACCGGCCUCACUGCGCGACUUGUAAAGACUCAUUCUGUCUCAUUCUGUAUUCUGUGGCCUAAUAUAACAAAAUUAUUAGAAUCAAAUCUUGCUGAAAGGGGUAAAAUAGCUGAAAAAUAAAGAAAUCUGUUUAUUUUUUUAUAUAUUUAUAUGGAGUUCUUAUUAACUGAUACUUAUAAGCCUUUCUCAUUUCCUUAGUAUUUUAAAUAUUUUAAGUAGCUAUAAACUGCAAUUUUGUAAUACUUACUUAUAAAAAAAAUAUAA